AUGUUCGUCAUUCUGAUUGUGCUUGCAUGGUUUGGUGCAGCGACCAAUGCGCAGAGCUCUAAGCUCGUCGGUGAGUUGGCAAUCACUGGCUUGCUUAGGAGGGCUGAUGGGGUAGGGAUGCCCAAUACCGGACCGGGCUGGUACCAGAUCAUGGGUAGUAAGGACUGCAACAUCCUGUCACAGUGGACAGCCUGCUCGACGACCAACCUGAUGUGUAGCAAUGGCAUCACGCGCGACCAUACCGGCACGUCGGUCGUCUGCGCCGAUUCGACCUACGUCACUUGCCAUCAGACGAAUGCACCCAGAUGUCCGUACAACGGCUAA